AACACUUAAAUCUUUGAUAUAUAUGAAUAUAUAAUUGUUUUGUGUGUUAUACUAAUUAACACACCAAUGGAACAUAAUCAUGUUGAAACUUCUUCUAGCUCGGGUAGGAACAAAGGUAAACAAUCAUGGAAUAUUGUUCAUCCACUUAAGAAGAUCAAAGGGCCAAUAAAACAACACGCGCAAUCAAAAUUUGUGUUUCCAUUUUCUCUUGACGACAAUCCUCAAUCUCAAUCGUCAACAAAUCAACAAAUGAUAUCUUUUAGAUCAAAUGAUAAAACGGGCCAUGAUAUGGAACCUCAGCAGCCUGUGCCAAAGCUAUAUAGAGGGGUGAGACAACGCCAAUGGGGAAAAUGGGUAGCAGAAAUACGUCUCCCGCAUAGUAGGAGUAGACGGUGGUUGGGAACAUUUGAGACUGCUGUUGAAGCCGCUUUAGCGUAUGAUCACGAGGCUUUUAAGUUAAGAGGAACCAAAGCCCGAUUAAAUUUUCCCCAAGAGUACAUCAAUAGUCAAGAACAAAUUUACAUAGAACAAGAGGCCAUCCCUGUGAUUAAUGACUCGUGUGGGUCAGAACUAGCAGGUCCGAGUAAUGAAGAAUGUUUGAACAAGUUUGGGCCGAGUGGUCAAAGCUUGUUUCCAUAUGGUGAGCCAGCAUGGGAAACUAUGGAAGAUGGGGCGUUAAAUGCAUCACAAGGUGAUAAUUUCAUAUGGGAUAACUUUGAGCCCAGUUUCUUGAGUCCGUGAAGACUUAGAAUAUUUUUCUUUUAAUUUCUAAAUGAUUCAUAUUAUGUAUAUGGAUUCUCUAGAAUUUGGCACUUUUCAGGCUGAAAUUGUAAUGAAACCAUGCGGGUCAAGACUAUACCACAUUUUUAUUGUUAUAUUCAAUAAGGGAAACCAUGCUUGAGCCAAGUAUGGUUCUGACUUAAUUAGUAGCUUUGACAAGUCUGCAGGAGUCAAGCUUGUAAAGUCUAUUGUAAGUUUCAUGACUCAAGUUUAUA